GAGAGUCAUUGUCCCACAUGCCACAUAAGAAGGGAAGUGUUUAUUACGCGGCGCGUAUGGGAUUAGUAUUCGUCGGGAGUGUGAGCUCAUCUGUCAGGUUUGAACAGGUCCGCGUGCCCGCGGACCACGCCCCUGCUGCUCAGGUAAGCAGGAAGUAGCUGCCUGACAGCGCCGUAAUGCGGGACACAGGCGAAAUGCGACUUUGACACACGACAACUGGCCCUUUCGUACGUAUUUUGUUGUUGUUGUUGUUUUUGUUUUUUUGGGGGGGAGGACAUUUAAAAACAUUAUCCUGGACGUGUUUUUGCAAGUAAGGAGAAUUGGAGGCUCAAGCGAAUCAUGCGGCUCGACACCUGCGCGCCGCUCGGACUUUUGUUGUUGCUUAUCCUCGAUGCAUCAGACUGCAUACAGCUGACGGUCCGACCCAACAAAGGCUCAUCGGUGACGGUGUCAAAUGGCCUGCCCUCCGACAAGUGUAGCGUGUGCACAGUCGGCGGGGUCAACGACACGCAAACGUCAUGCUCCUCAAAUCUUGCUCUGGAGCCCGAGAAGGAGGUUGAGCUCCUCUUCAACUGCCCCGUAGAACAGUCUUACGUCGUCACGCUCAAUCAGCUCAUCGAAUGCACAAAGGACACUUGCAACCCCUCAACAGUGGAAACUCAACCCUCCUUCCUUCGUGAAUUCCCACGAACAUUCAUCUGGACCAUCAAGGCGCCCGAGAAGACAGUGGUGGGCUUGGAUGUCCUCGGAGAGGGACUGCAGGAAACGACACAGCCGUGCAAUAACGGAUAUCAAUAUUCGGUGACUACGUUUGAAGAGAACAGCAAAGCUGUGGCUCGCUACUGCAAAGGUGGUUCCGUGACCCAUUUAGACCUUUUCGAUCGAGCUGUUGUCUCUCUGCAAGUUACACCAAAGACGCCAGUGGAGUCUGUGGUGUUCCAGGCCUCUGCUGGACCACUAAAAGGCCGGACGAUGGUUGUGACCGUCGAUUCCGGCACGACUCUGACGAUCAGCAGGUUCUCGCAGGAGACUCAGUGCGAGCUGUGUACCGGUGCCGACUCGGCCCGUACCUGCAGCCAGACCGAAAAGAGCCUGACUGACGUCCAAAGUCUCGCGCUGGAGUUCAGCUGCCUCAAACCUCAAGAGGCAUACAGUGUGGAGGUGAAGAAGACAAUCGAAUGUACCAAGAGCUCAUGCGCACCCGCCGCAGGAGAGCUCAGUCCGAACCUCUGGAAGGACUUCAAAAGAACCCUGAAAUGGGACAUCAGUGUCCCGGAGAGGACCAUCUUGACCUUGGAGCUGCCUCGCGAAAACCUGAAGCAGAUGGCGGCGCAAGGCAAAUGUCAAGGAGCCCCACAGUACUCCGUGAGCACAACAAGAAACAACGGGCAGCUCAAGACCGACAUCUACUGCAGAGGCGGGCCGCUUUCCCGUCUGGAUCUCCUCGGGAGGACCGCCGUGACCGUGGAGGUGCCCCCAGGAGAAGAAAUGGACAGGACGAUUUUCACAGCCAAAGCAGCACCCAGAGCUGGCAGGAUGCUGUCUGUGACCCCUGACCCGGAAACCAUCAUUAUCAUCAGCAGGGACACGGUCGACCCCGACUGCAGCGUGUGUGUGGACAAGCCGCCCAAGCAGACAUGCGACCCCAAAUUUCGAAUUCUGAGAGAAUCCCGUAACACCUCUGUGGAGUUCACCUGUCCUCACCCCGAGGAAGUCUUCAACGUGGAGAUUAACAGAGAAAUCGACUGCACGGCGACUUCCUGCUCCGGCGAUAUUGUCCAGGCCGAGUCAUCGCUGUUCCCGGACUUCAACCGGACUUUCACCUGGGAUCUGAAAGUCGGUUCCACUCGGGCCUUCCAACUGGACUUUCCCGAGCCGGGAAUGCAGCAGAUCGCCAACGACGAGACGUGUUCCGACGAGCACACAUACGUUCUUGUGACUUACCUGCGAACGGGCCCUGCCAUCAUCGGAACCUUCUGCAAGGGGGGUUCUGUGACGAGCAUCCAGGUGCGCUACAAGGGCCGCGUCUCUCUCCGGGUGCCAAGAGACCAAAAGAUGGAUCCGGUUAAUUUUAAACUCAGCGUUGGGCCUGAGACCAACAUGGUGGCCAUCGUUAAAGUCAACCUACCACGAGGCGUCUCCAACACGACCUUCAUUUCCGCCAACUACCCCAACGAUUUCCCCGACGACCAACAGAUGCGCUGGGACUUCGCCGUGCCCGGCAUGCACAACUACACCGUCCAUUUUCACAGUCACACGGCGCCGGAGUGCCUCGGCAAGAACGUGGGAGUGGAGUACGGGAAACGGGACGGGAAGUUGAUCGAGACGGGUCUGACGGACAAGCAGCCGGAGCAUCAGCAGGGCGACUUUGAAAUGGUGCUGAAGAACUGUGAGACCAACAGGACGUUGCAAGGACUCACUUUGAAAUACAGCGUGUCCGUUAUGAGGAGUGGUCAUCCAGUUCUGUGCACGGUGGACCUGAGCAAAUACCCCAAAAUGUCCCUGAAAAUUGAAAAAGUGGGUUUUGAUCCCUAUUGCGAGAUGAGCGUGAACGCUGAGGUUUUAAAAAAAGUCAACGUGGCUGCCGGCACCAAGGCCGAGCUCUCCUUCCUCGACUGUCCCCAUGAAGAUUUGCAAUUGACCGCUAGUGAAGUUAUUGCCUGUCAGAAUGUGGCUUCCUGCUCCGAGACCCUCCUCACUGUCCCCCCGUUGGAUGCCUGUCUCCGGAUGCCCCUCCACAGCUAUACCUGGCACCUCAACAUCCCCCAGGACCGCACCAUCGAUCUCGUGUCCCCAUCGGGAAGUUUCCAACAAUCGGUGCCAGGCCAGGAGUGCAACGCUACCGUCUCCUUCCACGUGGAGGAGAGCGAAGGCGUCUCUGUGGGUGAUUACUGCCCCGACGGGAACAUCCAGAAAAUUCAGGUGCACAGCAACAUCUCUGUCACGGCGACGACGCGAGACUUCGGCAAGACGAAAGGGCCUUUUCUCAACGUCACCUUCACGAACGAGAUCCCGGAGACCAUCAUUUAUCAAGUCAAUCCACAUACGUCCUCCCCAAACCUGCUGGCCACCCCCAACUGGCCCAGAGGAAUGAGGCCUUCGUCCACCGUGUCCUGGAUCGUGUCUUUGCUGAGCGGGUACAAGGCGCAGGUCCAGUUCGUCAACGUCAGCCAGCCCAAAUGCAACGACAGACACACGGCCAUCAAGGUCAAGACGCUGGACUCCGAGGAGGAGCUCCUGACCCGCCGGGAGGACGAGAAAACCGACGACAAGUUGCUGGUGCCGCACAGCUUCUAUCUUAACAUGUCCAACUGUAUACCGGAAAGUGGAAACUUUGGGGCUGUCACCAAAAUCGUUUUAGAGCCAAAAACCGGCCUCUUAGCCAUCCUUCUUGGGAUCGCGGGAGCCCUUCUUCUUCUCCUCAUCAUCUUAGCUGUAGUCUGCUUUUUUGUAAGGAAAAAGAAAAAAGAGCGCAUGAACAAGGAGGCGUCCAUCUACCUCGGCACAGGGAAUAUGUUCCGUCCCAGCAAAAGACAGUUCAGCAAAUCGCGGUCGGACAACGAGUCCCACGUGUACGCCUCCAUAGACGAGACCAUGACGUACGGUCACCUCCUGGGGGAAACGAGCUACGCCGAUAGCAUGCAAGACCAUUUCAACGGAAUGCAGUUGGACUCCUACCAAACGUUCACGGGGCCCUCUGAACUGCCCGUCAUCAACGAACCAGAAACGGAGCCCGAGGUGGACCACUUCAAUACGUUCCUGGACCGCUCCCAGUCAUUCAUCCCGCCUCGUCCGCGCACGCCAAUCGACCGGCAGGACAGCUUGGGGUUCCAGGACCGCCGGAUGGUGGACAAUGAACUCUACACGUUCAAAAACACGGGCGAGAUGAACACCAUCCGACUGUCCGGUGCCGACAUGGAACCGGAACCACCGACACCGGAGGAGUACUUGUAAGACUUUACACUGCAGGAUGAUGAUGAUGAUGAUGGUAAAUGAUGAUGAUUCCUGUUACUUCUCAGAGAGGGGAACUUCUGUGCCUCAGUCUCGCUCAGGGAAUUGAGUUGAAACGUUUUUGUUAGGGUUUUUUUUUUUACUUGAGUUUCAUCAGAAUUUUCAAAAAGCUUCCGGAUGAGGUGCUGAGAACUUUUGUGCCCUCAAAAAAAAUAUUUUUCUAUUUUUCAGUCUCUGCCCAUGUGGUUUGGAUUUGGAUUUUUUCUAGUCUGUUUUUACUUACUUGUAGUUCCUUUUUUUUUUUUAACAAUAAAUUUUAAGGAAAAACUGCACUGACUUCAUUUGACUGAAGCACUGAGGUUUUCAAUUCUGGAUGGGGAAAAAAAAAUUCCACCACAGAAACGCGGUCCAGGACAAACAUAGUUGGGAAGAAGUACUGUCAGCUCCAAAGCGGCAGCUCCCAUAGUCCCAAGUUUUUACAUACCGGUAGUUUAUUUCCACCAAUUCAUAUAAUUAUAAAAUCUUAAAACCCUUUUUAGGUCGGCGCAGUUGAUUUGUGGUGAGCAAGUUUGCUUCACAAAUCUUUGAAAUUUGGCUUGUGACCUGUCCAGGAUCCGCCGCAGCUGGAAUAAGCUCCCAACUCACUCGCGUCCCUUGCUGAGGACAAAUUGCACAGAAAAAUGGAUGAAGGUGGGAAAACAGCCUUUUGGAAAGAAACCAGGAAGGUCAAGGUCAUCUUUAUUGUCAAAUAUGCUUUAUGUUUGACAUGCAGCAUAGAUGAAAUUAUGAGUCUGGGUUAGGUGGACAAUGUGCUUUUAUUACAGUUUAUUUAGGUUUCAGGUUACAUCAGGCUAGACAUGAUCUAACUUCUGGAUUUUAAAGGAAGAUAGAGGGUGAGGGGGGAAGUUAAAAACAAGAAUAUUCUUCAGUCUCAAUGUGAGACUUGUCAGUGAAAUACAGAAUGCAGCAUAGUACAGUUUUGACAGGCACAUUAAAAUAGUUGGGGGGGGGGGGUUGUUGUUGUUGUUGUGACUCUUCAGCUUGUCUCGUCAGACCCAAUUUUAAUGUUGUUCGAGUACAGCGGCACACCUUAAACGACACCCAAAGUGCCAACCACAACGAUAAACAAACAAUGAAUGAAUACGGUGAUAUUUGUUACAUAAUGUUGUGGCUAAGGAGUAUAUUGCUCGUGAUAUUUUUCAAAUUACACCACGUGUAGCUUUAAUUAUAUUUUGUGAAGACACAAUUCA